AUGCAGUGUGGGGAGUUGAUGCCUCAGGCGCACACACGUCAUGCCCGUUGCCGGGGUGGGGGUUGGGCAACUUUCUCCGGUCAACAAACGGACUUCUUCCUCUCACAGGUGCUCCUCAGGUCUGCCUUGACAAUGGCGUCCAAUAUUCUCCAGCUCCCGUUCCGGCGCUCGCACACGGUCUCACUGACCGAUGCGAUCACGCAGUACAUCUCCUCCAAAUAUGACCAGCGCCCAGACAUGUUCGCGGACGACCUGAUGAUCAUCGACAAGCUCCGCACCGAAGCGAUCAACGUCCAGGAACCGCAUGUCAGCGGGGUUAGCAGGCUGGUCACGUAUGCGGCGCAGUUGAAAUGGCUCGGCGGGAAGUUUCCGAUUGAUGUCGGAGUCGAUUUUUCGUGGUACCCAGCUUUAGGGUUUAAUGCGACUCGACCUAUCUCACAAAACAACCUCCGUUUCGAACUCGCAAACAUCCUUUUCAAUCUCGCGGCGCUGUACUCGCAGCUCGCCUACGCGCUUAAUCGGACCACCGCCGACGGACUCAAGCAAGCCUGCAACUAUUCCUGCCAGGCGGCUGGAGUCCUCAACCACCUCCGAACCGACAUCAUCCCCGACCUCCGCACCUCCCCGCCGGAAGACAUGGACGAAAUGACACUGUUGAGUCUAGAGCAGCUCCUCCUCGCGCAGGGCCAAGAAUGUUUCUGGCAAAAGGCCGUGAAAGACGGAUUGAAGGAUGCGUCGAUUGCCCGGCUUGCGGCAAAGGUAUCUGAUUUCUACGGAGACGCGGGCGACUCGGCCGUCAAGUCAAAUGCGAUUAGCACAGAGUGGAUCCACCACAUGACAGCAAAGAACCACCAUUUCGCAGCAGCGGCGCAGUACAGACAGUCGCUCGACUGUCUUGAGAAGCGCAGGUACGGCGAGGAGGUGGCGCGGUUACGGGAUAGUUUGAACUGUGUGAAUGAAGGACUGAAGGAGUCGCGGUGGGUGAAUCGGAUUGUACAGGGCGACUUGAACGGACUCAAGAGUCGCGUUGCGGAGGACUUGAAGCGCGCCGAGAAGGACAAUGAUAUUAUCUAUUUGAGUCCCGUGCCGCCCAAGUCAGAGCUGAAAACGCUUGACCGGGCCAGCAUGGUUGCUUCCAAGGCGCCUUCGCAGGUUACGGAUGCCAUUUCCAUGCUUGGGGAGAAUGGGCCGCUGGGUCAGCCGUUGUUUGCCAAGUUGGUGCCGUAUGCGGUGCAUAUUGCUGCUAGCAUCUACUCGGACCGUCGGGAUCGAUUGGUAAAUGAGUCGUUGAUUGGGGAGUUGGAGUCUAUGACGGAUAAGCUGCGCGAUCUCCUCUCAUCACUGAACCUACCCGGCUCCCUGCAAGCCCUCGAAAAACCACUCGGCCUCCCACCAGCCCUCGUCUCCCACGCCGAAGAAAUGCGCCAACAAGACGGCCUAAACCGCCUCCGCCGCUCGGUGCAAGACACAGCCAGGAUAAAAGGCAACGAUCGCGCAGUCUACAACGAAGGUGUUGAAUUGCUAGCCGCCGAAAAGGCCGAAGACGAUGCCGCGCGCCACAAAUACGGUACGGACCGAUGGACACGCGAGAAAUCGGAGGCGGCGGCACCGAAGAUCUAUAAUUCGCAGAUCGAGAUCAAUGGGUACUUCACCUCUGCGCAGAACAGCGAUGAUCUCGUCGAGCGCAAACUGCGCGACUCUGAGUCUGUAUUUUUGGUGUUGACAGGGUCGAAUCGGGAUCUCGAAUCGUAUGUUCCUAGCAGUCGCCGUGCGGCUAUUCCGCCCGAAGUGGAGAGGGAGAGUAUCAAGUUGCGCAGCUGUCUGAGUGAGGUUAGUCGGAUGGAGAAUCGGCGGAAGCGACGGAUUCAGGGGUGGAAGGAUAAGGCGAGGGGUGAUGAUAUUCAUCCCGCCCUACUGAAAGAGACGGCCCGUCUGGAACGCGAAUUCCCCAUGCAGGCGAUCCAAGCCAGCCAAUUCGAAGACCUCUUCGAAGCGCAAUUGCGGCUGUACGACUCGGACCGCGACAUGCUGGCUCAGGAAUGGAAGGAUCAGGAGCAAGUCGCCGAUCAGGUUCGCGAGGCGAACAAAGCGUUCACGCGGGCACACAAGGGCGACGCCUCCACCAAAGAGCGGGAGACAGCCCUCCAAGACCUCGAGAACGGGUAUCUGAAGUACAAGGAAAUCAUCUCGAACCUGGACGUCGGCCGGAAAUUCUACAACGACCUCGCGAAAAUCGUGGCUCGCUUCCGCGACGACGCAAAGGCCUUUGUGCACCAGCGGCGCAUGGAAGCGAGCCAACUGGAAGCGGACAUCUCUAACGUCACGGCCAUGGCCUCGUUACACAUCACUCAGCCGCACCUGCGUCAGACCCAGCCUACGCGCCCGCACCACUCCCCUACAUAUUCCUCCGCUCCCUCGCAGCCGCCAACGCAGGCUCCCCCUCCAACCGUCCACCGUCCUGAAGCGGCCCCUCUGACGGCGCCGCAGCCCUUGCGCGCCGCGGUGCCGCCGGCCGUGCAAAGCCCUGGACCGGGGCCGGGCAUGUGGACGCCAAACAUGGGGGUGCGCUUUAAUUCAGCGGCUGCUGUGCCUCCGGUCGCGAAUGCACCGAGUGCAGCGCCUGCUGCUCGCGGGCAGGGAGGGACGUGGGAUCCCAGUCAGGGGAUUCGCUUUUCUUAG